GUACCCGGUGCUUGGAAGAUGGCGAUAACGUUUGAAUGUGUAUUAUGUGUUCUCUAUGUGUUGUUAGUUUUAUGUUAUGAUAAAGCUAACGCAAAUGCACCAACAGAUAUUAGAUUAGAUGAAAAGGCAAGAGGCAUUCAUCGCAUUGAUUCUCAAAACAUUCUUGCUUACGUUUGUCUGUUAAUAUUAACAGUUUGCACGAUAUGGUUGUUCAAGCGUAGACGUGCUCGCUUUCUUCAUGAAACUGGGCUUGCCAUAAUCUAUGGACUAGUAAUUGGAGCAAUCAUUAGAUAUGGAGCUGAAGACACUGAAAUUUCAUUUGUCAAUGUUAAGACAACAUCUAACAAUGUCACUGUCCAUGACAUGCCCCCUGACAGUCUGUUCUUUGCAAUGCAAGUCAAAACUGGUGAAGGGAGAGUCAAGACAAAAUAUGAGAAUAAAACAUAUGCAUAUGUGUUUCGUGGUGAAGUAACUGAUGUAGAGAGCCAAAAGCUUGACCAAAAGGCAACUUUUGAUCCAGAAAUUUUCUUCAACAUAAUACUUCCUCCUAUUAUAUUUAAUGCAGGGUACAGUUUGAAAAGGCGAUUCUUUUUUCGUAACUUGGGAGCUAUUAUGGCAUUUGCAUUUAUUGGAACAACAAUAUCAUGUUUUGUUGUUGGGGCUGUUGUUUAUGGGUUUGUCCAGCUCAUGCCUCAUUUAGAGUUUACUUUUAAUGAUUCAUUGUACUUUGGUGCAAUCAUAUCAGCCACAGAUCCAGUGACUGUUUUGGCCAUAUUUCAUGAUCUCCAUGUUGAUGUUAACCUGUAUGCUCUAGUGUUUGGAGAGAGCAUUUUGAAUGAUGCAGUAGCCAUUGUUCUAUCAGGAGCUAUUAACAAUUAUGAGGAACAUUACCACACUGAGUCAGGUUUCCAAGUUGGUGCUGCAUUUAAAUCACUUGGGAACUUUGUCUACAUCUUCUUGUUCUCCUUUCUAAUUGGAUCUGUAACAGGAUGCUGUACAGCAUUGCUUACUAAGUUCACUCGUCUUUGUGAUUUCCCUCUGUUAGAAUCGUCAUUGUUUGUGCUGAUGUCUUACAGUACGUUUUUAUUGGCUGAAGCUGCUGACCUGAGCGGUAUUGUUGCUGUUCUCUUCUGUGGUAUUUGCCAGGCUCAUUAUACCUUCAACAACUUAUCUAAUGAAUCUAGGGUUCGGACCAAACAGGAACUUAAGAGUGUUUGUGUUGUCUUUUACUUUGUAUAUUGUAUUCAUGGUUGUUCUUUUAGAGUUGGAGUAGAUGAAGAACAAGAAUUGCAGCACUUCAGUAGUGUAAAACGGACCUCUCAAGUGUCAACUCCUACAGACCUUAGGAGUCCUCCUCCAGGAAUGGAAACAAGAACACCUCAUGAAAAAGCCUGGUUGGUCAGGAAAUGGUAUAACUUUGAUGUUAGUUAUAUGAAACCUCUCCUAACACAUAGUCAACCAACACUUGUAGAAACCCUACCUUCUUGUUGUCUCCCAGUGGCACGUAUACUGACCACAACAAAACAGAUGUCCCAGGAUGUUAGAAGAGCAGAAUCUGAUGUAGACCUGUGUAUAGAAGAUCAUGAAAAUGCUUCAGGCAGUAGUAAAGACCAUCAGACCUCAUCUGAAAAGUAUGAAAUUGAAGGAAUGAAUGGUGCUGCCCCUUAUGGGCCCCAUCCAAUAAACAAUACAGUGUAUGAUGGUGAUCUUGGACUGGGAAGUGGUGUAGCUCAACUAACCACAACACAAGUCAGAAUUCCAGGUUUUCAUGGUGAAUCAGUUUGAAGAUCUAGCCUUGCUUUGUUGAAAUAAGUAAUUUUUAUGAAUAGCUCUUUAUUUCAACUUUUCAUGCCCUAUGAGCAUUUAGCAACAACACCAACCACGAUCAACUUAUCAGCUGAAUAUAUUUCUUAGUCUGACAAAGAUAAAAGUCAAUCUUGAAUCUCGUAAAGAUCUUAUCUGUCUAAUUUGCAGACGAUUUGUGAUGUCAUCCAAUACCUAUAUUUACAAGGAUUAAGUGUUUUGUCAGUGUUGUUAACUUAGCAUUUAAUGUUUUAUGAUAAAGGUUUGAUUAAGUUGUUUAAAAUAUUUUAGUCAUUUAUGUUAUACUGCUCAAUAUCUAAUCUCUGCUUUUGAAUAUAAAAGAAUAUUAAAAUAUAUAUAUAUAUAUGAUAGAAUAGUAUCUCUUACUAUUUGUAGGUGGCUUGUGUUUACUUUAUUCCAGUUUUGUACCCAAGAAACUGAAUUUGUGUAUACCUCCCAUGUUUCUAGUCUGAAGUGAACAUUUUUUUGGUCAACUAUAAAAUAGGAAUCCUAGAAUGUAGACAAACUAUUUAGUUAGUUUAUCCUUUAGAAUAUCUUCAUAAAACUGGAUUAAUUAGCAAACCUCUGUGUAAGAAUACAGCCUUAUAACUUAGGUUAAACCACUAUAAUACAGCCUAUAGUACAAUCAAAAACUUAAACAUCUAGAAUACAACCUGUAAUAGAGUAUAACAAUUUAUACAUCUACAAUACAGUCUGUAAUACAAUAUAACAGUUUAAAUAUCUAGAAUACAGUCUGUAAUACAAUAUAACAGUUUAAAUAUCUAGAAUACAGUCUGUAAUACAAUAUAACAGUUUAAAUAUCUAGAAUACAGUCUGUGAUACAGUAUAACAACUUAUAAAUCUAGAAUACAGUCUGUAAUACAAUAUAACAGUUUAUACAUCUAGAAUACAGUCUGUAAUACAAUAUAACAGUUUAAAUAUCUAGUAUACAGUCUGUAAUACAGUAUAACAAUUUAUACAUCUAGAAUACAGUCUGUAAUACAAUAUAACAGUUUAAAUAUCUAGAAUACAGUCUGUGAUACAGUAUAACAAUUUAUAAGUCUAGAACACAGUCUGUAAUACAAUAUAACAAUUUAAAUAUCUAGAAUACAGUCUGUGAUACAGUAUAACAGUUUAUACAUCUAGAAUACAACUAUAGAACAUAAUCAGUUCACACAUCAACUACAUAACAUUAUAUUCUAAUUAGUUUCUCACAUCUAGAUCAUUGCCUCACUGCCUAAUCAACCUAUACAUUCAUAAUACAAAAAUAACUUGUUAAGCUUAAAUGCUUGGAAUAUAACCACAAACUUACCAACUUUCUGAUUAGGAAUACAACCACAACUUGUUUAGGUUGCAUAUCUAAAACCCACAAAUUUAUGCACAGUUAGAUUUGUUCAAUUUUUCUUAUAUGUUUUUCAAGAAAUCAAGAUUUUUGUUUUAAAAAGAUUUUUAUUUAUUACCUUAUUCCACUUACAGUGUCUUGAGUUUUGUAUAUUUUAAUUGUAAUAUAUUCUCUUACUUUGAAUUAGUUGAUGAAAAAGAUUAAAUAAUGCUGUGAAGGUUAUUAUGCUAGCUAGUAAAUUGCAGUAAUUUAUUAUACUCUAAACAUUCCAGAAGUUUCACUGAGAAGGUUUACAAGAAUUCCUGUUUAAUUUGUUGAAAGUUUUUACCAGAGUUUACAAGAAUAUUUGUGUGAAAAUAUGUAUAAAGUGAGCGAGAGUAAAUGAAAGUUUGAUUAGAAGGUUGAAAUUAUACAAGAAUACUGUAAACGUGUACAAGAAUCCUAGAUUAGAAGGAUAAAAUUACGCAAGAAUACUGUAAACAUGUACAAGAAUCCUAGAUUAGAAGGAUAAAAUUAUACAAGAAUACUGUAAACGUGUACAAGAAUCCUAGAUUAGAAGGAUAAAAUUAUACAAGAAUACUGUAAACAUGUACAAGAAUCCUAGAUUAGAAGGAUAAAAUUAUACAAGAAUACUGUAAACGUGUACAAGAAUCCUAGAUUAGAAGGAUAAAAUUAUACAAGAAUACUGUAAACGUGUACAAGAAUCCUAGAUUAGAAGGAUAAAAUUAUACAAGAAUACUGUAAACGUGUACAAGAAUCCUAGAUUAGAAGGAUAAAAUUUAUACAAGAAUACUGUAAAUAUGUACAAGAGUAUUAGGUUAGAAGGUUAAAAUUAUACAAGAAUACUCCAAAUGUGAACAAGAAUACUAGAUUAGAUGGUUGAAAUUAUACAAUAAUACUGUAAAUGUGAACAAGAAUACUAGAUUAGAUGAUUGAAAUUAUACAAUAAUACUGUAAAUGUGAACAAGAAUACUCUUAAAUGUGAACAAUAAUAUUAGGUUAGAAGGUGAAAAUUAUACAAUACUUUUAAAUGUGAACAAGAAUACUAGAUUAGAUGGUUGAAAUUAUAGAAUAAUACUGUAAAUGUGAACAAGAAUAUUAGAUUAGAAGGUUAAAAUUAUACAAGAAUACUCUGAAAUGUGAACAAGAAUAUUAGAUUAGAAGGUUAAAAUUAUACAAUACUCUUAAAUGUGAACAGUAAUAUUGGGUUAGAAGGUUAAAAUUAUACAAGUGCAUCUAUUUCAUUGUGAGUGCAACAAAUGUAAAAAACAAAUAUUUGAACAGUUCGUUAGAAGUGUUAAAAACCAUAUCACCAUCUUGAACGCAGGAUUUUAGUUAUCAAAAUAGAAAUUAGUUAUUUGAAUUAUUUUGUAUUCAGCUAGUUACCAGCAAACGAGUGUUCGGUCUGACGCUCUACUCACUUUGUAACGGCUGAAUUAAGCCACUUGGUGGUGUUGUAAAUUACAAAUGUGAAAAUGAUGUAUAUUUCCUUAAACAUUUAUUAUAUUUGUGCAUCUGAAAAUGAUGUAUAAUAAAUAUUUUAUAUUUAUCGAACAUUGAUGUACGAAUACUGUAAAGUAUGUAUAAUCGUGCAGUAUGCUUCUUAUUUUUGAGCCCUGUUCUUGAAGUUACCUAAAUAAUGUGUUAAGCAGUGUAGCGCGUGUUCUAAACGCUAGACAAGUGCAGGUAUUAUUUAUAUUUCACAAUUGUACUUAAAAUUUAAACAUAUUGUCAGUUUUAGCUAUCCAUAUGGUAUUACAAUAUCAACUUUAUUUUAUGAUUAUGUAGUGGUUGGUUCGUUAUUGGUUUUUACUAAUAAUAUUUUAUUUUAUUUUCAUUCCACGUAGAAUUUUGUUAAGUAUUUACGUGUCAUAACACGCAUGCCACUACUGUGAUCUAUGACUUUCAUUCUGGAAUGUAAAUUUUCAAACAUUAUUAAAAUGGUGAAAGAACAUA